CGCAGCGGGGCGGUCGGGGUUUGCCGGGUGCCCUUCGGGGCGGCACCCGCUCCCCCGCCCACCUGCGGCCCCCCUGCCCUUGUGCUGGUGAUGACUCUGAACACGCAGCCCGGCAGCAGGAGCCCGCUGCGGCGGAGGGCCAGCACCCCGCUCCCGCGGCCGGGCGGCUCCGGGACCACUUCGCGGGGUGAGCCCUGUCACCCCCAGCUCGGCCACAGCGCCUCCGAACCGGGCGCCAGGGCCCCCCGCAGCAGCUGCUCCCGCGACUCCUCGGGCUCCCCAAGCCUCAGGAAUCCCCGGUACCGAGUGGUGCUGCUGGGUGACCCCGGCGUGGGGAAGACCAGCCUGGUCAACCUCUUCGCAGGCGUCCAGGAGAGGGACCUGCUGGACCAGCAUGGAGGGGCCGCGUACGAGCGCAGGCUGACCGUGGAUGGCGAGGAGACCACGCUGCUGGUGCUGGACACCUGGGAGCCAGAGCAGCGGGGUGAGGAGAGCCAGCGCCGUAGCCACUGCCUGCAGGUAGGGAACGCCUACAUCAUCGUUUACUCUGUCACCGACCGGGACAGCUUCGAGAGUGCCUCAGAGCUGCGCAUCCAACUGCGCCGCGCGCGCCAGGCCGAGGACAUCCCCAUCAUCCUGGUGGGAAACAAAACCGACCUGGUGCGGUGCCGUGAGGUGUCCGAGGAAGAGGGCCAGGCCUGCGCUGCUGUCUUCGACUGCAAGUUCAUUGAGACGUCAGCAGCUCUUCAGCACAACGUGGCCGAGCUCUUCGAGGGGGUGGUGCGGCAGAUCCGCCUGCGCCAAGGCGGCAAAAAGUCCCACCUGCACCCCGCACCUGGCCAGAAGCACAAGGAGAGCCUCGCCAGCAGAGCCCGGCACUUCCUCGACAGGCUGGUGACCAGGAACAGCAGCAGAGUGGCCCUCAAAGUCCGUUCCAAGUCCUGCCAUGACCUGUCUGUGCUCUGAGAGCCAUGCUCCUGUCCCUCCACACACGCCGGCUGCGACUCUGCUCUCUGCCAGCAGUGUGGCCAGUGGCUCUGUGGAGCGCUCAGACAGGGCUGGAGUGAUGCUGAGGAUUUGGAGCUGUUUUCACUGGUGCUGAGAGAUGUGAAGGUACUCUGGAUCCAGCCACUCCCUUCCAGGAGAGGGGAUAAGUGGGACCAGAUUCAUGAAGUGGAGGAUGAGAUGGGUUCCUGCACUUGGGGUGGUGAGAUUUUGGAUCACAACUGCUCCUGCAGAGCUGGAGGUGAGGGGUGGCUGUGCCCCAAAGCAGGGCUGGAGGCUACAAGGAGUGUGGCAGGUCCUGCUCGCAGUGCUGUCCUUUGCAGGGCAGCAGGGACUGGCAAGGGCGCAGUGGAAUUCUCCAUCUUAGCCUGGAGCCUGGCUGGGAAGGAGGGGCAGGGGAGCAGCAGUGGCAUCACCGGGCACCCUGACCCUGCUGUGCCAGGGCUUUGUGCCAUGUCUCACUGGUACCAGUGUUUUGUGCUCUCUCUGUACUGGUGUGAUGGGAAACCCUUGAUCUGCAGA